UUGGAAAGACCACAACCAUACUUUCUGCCUCUCUAGUUCUCUCUCAAAAGAUGGCCACCCUUAGUUUCCUUUUCAUCCUCAUGCUUUUACCCUCAUUUGAGGCUCUCUCAGAUGAAUCCACACCCUACUCAUCAGAAAUCCAAACACAAGACAUGCAAGCCCUGAUUGCACAAGCAUGCAUGGACAUCGAAAACCAAAACUCGUGCCUCACAAACAUCCAAAACGAGCUCACCAAAAUAGGUCCUCCAAGCCCCACCUCAGUGAUGAGUGCAGCACUCAAGGCCACACUGAACGAAGCAAGAGUGGCCAUCGACAACAUAACAAGGAUCACCGAAUUCUCCGUCAGUUACCGCGAGCAACAAGCCAUAGAAGAUUGCAAGGAGCUCUUGGACUUCUCGGUCUCCGAGCUUGCAUGGUCGAUGGGUGAGAUGAGAAGACUUAGAUCAGGAGACACAAAUGUUCAACACGAGGGAAACCUCGAAGCGUGGCUAAGUGCAGCACUCAGCAAUCAAGACACGUGCCUAGAAGGCUUUGAAGGCACUGAUAGACGCCUCGAGAGUUACGUGAGUGGAAGCUUGACACAAGUGACGCAACUUAUAAGCAAUGUUUUGUCUUUGUACACUCAGUUGCAUGGCUUACCGUUUAGGCCUCCGAGGAACACUACAAGUGAAACAAUGGAGUUUCCUGAAUGGAUGAGUGAGGGUGAUCAAGAGCUGCUUAAGGCCAAGCCACGUGGCGUGCGUGCGGACGCGGUUGUGGCGUUGGAUGGGAGUGGUCACUACCGCUCUAUCAACGAUGCUGUUAAUGCAGCUCCGAGUCAUAGUCAAAGGAGGUAUAUUAUUUACGUAAAAAAGGGACUCUACAAGGAGAAUGUGGACAUGAAGAAGAAGAUGACAAACAUCAUGCUUGUGGGGGAUGGUAUUGGCCAAACCAUUAUCACAAGCAACCGGAAUUUCAUGCAAGGAUGGACCACUUUUCGAACUGCCACGCUUGCUGUAUCGGGGAAGGGUUUCAUUGCGAGGGACAUGUCAUUCAGGAACACAGCUGGGCCAGUGAAUCAUCAAGCGGUGGCACUGCGUGUGGAUUCAGACCAAUCAGCGUUCUACAGGUGCAGUGUGGAAGGGCACCAAGACACCCUCUACGCGCACUCCCUGCGACAGUUCUACCGCGAAUGCGAAAUCUACGGCACCAUUGACUUCAUUUUCGGCAACGGGGCCGCAGUGUUGCAAAAUUGCAAAAUAUACACCAGGGUCCCACUUCCCUUGCAGAAGGUCACCAUCACGGCCCAAGGCAGAAAAAGCCCACACCAGAGCACUGGCUUCACCAUCCAGGAUAGCUACGUUCUUGCCACCCAGCCCACGUACUUGGGCCGGCCCUGGAAGCAAUACUCCAGGACGGUCUACAUCAACACAUACAUGAGUGGGCUGGUCCAGCCUCGAGGGUGGCUCGAGUGGCUGGGAAACUUUGCCUUGGACACCUUGUGGUACGGUGAGUAUAGAAACUAUGGGCCUGGUGCAUCAGUGGCGGGCCGGGUCAGAUGGCCCGGUUAUCAUGUGAUUAAAGAUGCUUCUACAGCUAGUUUCUUCACAGUGCAGCGCUUCAUUAAUGGGGACACGUGGCUGCCCAAGACAGGUGUUAAAUUUACAGCAGGCUUGACCAAUUGAGUAUGGUCGUUAUUAUUUGUAUAUCAAAACAAAUAAGCUUACCAUCCUCCAUUUUUUUAGAUAAAUAAUUGAUGGAGGAGUCAUAGGUUUUUUUUUUUUUUUUUCAGUGGGUUGAUGUUUAGGAAUUAAAUUUGUGUUUGGUGGGUGUUGUUGGGAUUAGGAGUGGUGGUUUGUAGUAAAAUUAUUUCCCCAAAACUCAUUUGAGCAAAUAAAAUAGGCUUUUCUUGAACAC